AUGGAAGUGGGCAACCAAUCUGUUGUAGCGGGAUUUGUCUUGCUGGGGCUGUCAGAUCAGCCAAAGCUUGAGAAAAUGUUUUUUGUGUUCAUCCUGUUGAUGUACCUGGUGAUCCUGCUGGGCAAUGGGGUCAUCAUCCUGGUGACCAUCCUUGACUCCCGCCUGCACACGCCCAUGUACUUCUUCCUGGGGAACCUCUCCUUCCUGGACAUCUGCUACGCAACCUCUUCCAUCCCUCUUGUCUUGGAUGGCUUCCUCACUCCCAAGAAAACCAUCUCCUUCUCAGGCUGUGCCAUGCAGAUGUUCCUCUCCUUUGCCAUGGGAGCCACAGAGUGUGUGCUUCUGGGCAUGAUGGCAUUUGAUCGCUAUGUGGCCAUUUGUAACCCCCUGAGGUACCCUGUGGUCAUGAGCAAGGCUGUCUAUGUGCCCAUGGCUAUCAGCUCCUGGGUGGCUGGUGGCGCCAACUCCUUGGUGCAGAUCUCUCUUGCAGUACAAUUACCCUUCUGUGGGGACAAUGUCAUCAACCACUUCACCUGUGAGAUCCUGGCUGUCCUGAAGUUGGCCUGUGCUGACAUCUCCAUCAAUGUGAUCAGUAUGGGGGUGGCCAAUGUGAUCUUCCUGGGGGUCCCAGUUCUGUUCAUCUCUGGCUCUUAUGUCUUCAUCAUUGCUACCAUCCUGAGGAUCCCUUCAGCUGAGGGGAGGAAAAAGGCCUUCUCCACCUGCUCUGCCCACCUCACUGUGGUGGUCAUCUUCUAUGGGACCAUUCUUUUCAUGUAUGCAAAGCCCAAAUCCAAGGACCCCCUGGGGGCAGAUAAGCAGGACCUUUCAGACAAGCUUAUAUCCCUCUUCUAUGGAGUGCUGACUCCCAUGCUCAACCCCAUCAUCUACAGUCUCAGAAACAAGCAUGUGAAGGUCGCUGUGAAGACUCUGGUGAGUCAGAAAUGCUUUGCCUAGUGAGAGUAGGGGCAAGCAGCAUACCUUGUGGCUCUGUGCACACAGAUCUCCUAGGAAAUGACUGCUUCAUAAGCAUAGAU